CUGUCUGAUACCUGUAAGGAGCCAAGGCAAAAGGCCAAAAUGCGGGCUGCUCUGGCUUUGUUGCCGGUUGUCGGGGCCUACGUGGCGCCGAUAGGGCAAAAACGGGCGGUAGCUGCAACUGUGUCGAAUUUCAUGGCGUAGACGCUGAGAACUCCCUCUGCUCGAUCUUGGCCUGCGGGCGGGCGCGCGCGGACCCAUGCGGCGGACGCGAGGCGCUGCGGCCGUCACACGGAUGCCAGCCAUCAGUCCGGAGCGCUCGCGCUGGCGCGGAGCGCGGCUCGCAGCCCUGUGGGGGCGGCAGCUGUUCUCCGACGUCGGGCGCCGGAAGGGCUGCGCGCGCCGCCGCGCAGCCGCGACGGCGGACACGCACGCACCCACACACGAGAGGCACGAGAGAGAGAAGAGAGACGCGCGCGGCCCUCACCCCCCGCGUCACACAGACCGUCGCGGCCAACGCGAACUCGCUGUCCAUGCCGUUCCUCGAGCAGCCGAAGAACCUGGACGGGUCCAUGGCCGGCGACGUGGGCUUCGACCCCCUCGGCCUGUCCGAGAUCGACGACCUCGGCGUCGACCUCUACUGGCUCAGAGAGGCCGAGCUCAAGCACGGCCGCGUCGCGAUGCUCGCGGCGACGGGCGUCAUCUGGGUCGAGGCCUUCGGCCCCCUCCCGGGCUGGCCCGAGGCCGACGGGCGAAGCCAGAUGGACGUCUUCUGGGACGCGUGGGAGGAGCACCCGAACGCGAUCUGCGCGGGCAUCGUCUUCAUCACCGCCAUCGAGCUCAUUUCGGGCGUGGCGACGACGAUGGGGCGCUCUACGGGAGAGAGGGCGCCGGGCGACUUCGGCCUGAACCCCCUGCAGUUCGAGAUCACGGAGGAGCUCGCGCUCAAGGAGAUCAAGCACGGCCGCCUCGCGAUGUGGGCCGUCAUGGGCCAGAUCGGCGCGGGGCUCAUGACGCACGAACCCGCCUUCGGCAACCUGGGCAAGAUCUUCUCCUAGAUGCUACGUGGGGCCGGUCGUAGUAGUGGUAAAAAAAUAGAUUCUUCUCGCGUUA